CGACAGCCACUGGUCCAACCGGAGGCUCGGGAGGUGGUUAGGGAGUGAAUCUUCUGGAAAGCGACUUUAAAGGCGCCGGGCCGAAGCGAAGGGCGAUUUGGUGUUGCCGUCGCCCGAACCUGGGUGUGUGUGUGCGGGGAGGGGGGCGGCGCAUUGGUGGCAGGAAGCGAGCUGCGCCGAGGUUGUCGCGGAACCAGCUGGUGGUGACCCUGCAGGAUGAACCACAAGAGCAAGAAGCGGAUCCGCGAGGCCAAGCGGAGUGCGCGGCCGGAGCUGAAGGACUCGCUGGACUGGACCCGGCACAACUACUACGAGAGCUUCCCGCUGAACCCGGCGGCCGUGGCGGACAAUGUGGAAAGGGCAGACGCUUUACAACUGUCAGUGGAAGAAUUUGUGGAGCGAUAUGAAAGACCGUACAAGCCCGUGGUUCUGCUGAAUGCCCAAGAGGGCUGGUCCGCGCAGGAGAAGUGGACUCUGGAGCGCCUCAAAAGGAAAUACCGGAACCAGAAGUUCAAGUGUGGGGAGGAUAACGACGGGUACUCAGUGAAGAUGAAGAUGAAAUACUACAUCGAGUACAUGGAGAGCACCCGCGAUGACAGCCCCCUUUACAUCUUUGACAGCAGCUACGGGGAGCACCCCAAAAGAAGGAAACUUUUGGAAGACUACAAGGUGCCCAAGUUUUUCACCGAUGACCUUUUCCAGUAUGCGGGGGAGAAGCGCAGGCCCCCUUACAGGUGGUUUGUGAUGGGGCCACCACGCUCUGGAACAGGAAUCCACAUCGACCCUCUGGGAACCAGUGCCUGGAAUGCCUUAGUUCAGGGCCACAAGCGCUGGUGCCUGUUCCCUACCAGCACACCUAGGGAACUCAUCAAGGUGACCCGAGAAGAAGGAGGGAACCAGCAAGAUGAAGCUAUUACCUGGUUUAACAUCAUCUAUCCCCGGACGCAGCUUCCAACCUGGCCACCUGAAUUCAAACCCCUGGAAAUCUUACAGAAACCAGGAGAGACUGUCUUUGUACCAGGAGGCUGGUGGCACGUUGUCCUCAAUCUUGACACCACCAUUGCCAUCACCCAGAACUUUGCCAGCAGUACCAACUUCCCUGUUGUCUGGCACAAGACGGUAAGAGGGAGACCAAAGUUGUCGAGGAAAUGGUAUAGGAUCUUGAAGCAGGAGCACCCGGAGUUGGCAGUCCUGGCUGACUCCGUCGACCUGCAGGAAUCCACAGGGAUCGCCUCCGACAGCUCCAGCGACUCCUCCAGCUCCUCCAGCUCCAGCUCGUCCGACUCAGACUCAGAGUGCGAGUCUGGCUCUGAAGGUGAAGGCACGAUGCACCGCAGGAAGAAGAGGCGGACGUGUGGCAUGGUGGGGAAUGGGGACACCACCUCGCAGGACGACUGCGUGAGCAAAGAGCGCAGCUCCUCCAGGAUUAGGGACACUUGUGGAGGCCGUGCUCACCCCUAAACUGAAGCUCUCCCUGAGGUGGCUCCCGUGGGAGCUGUUGGCAGCCACCCACCUCAGUCUUCCUGUCUUCUGCUCCUACCUUCUCCUUUGUCUUCUCUGAAUUUGGAUAAUCCUCUCUGGCCCAAGCUCAUGUCUCCAGUCAAAUGCUGUUUUUUCUCUGCUAACUGAGACUAGAUUGUCAAGAAGUUAAAAAAAAAUUCAGCACGCUCAGUGAAGCCCUGAAGGCCGCCGUGACGUCAGGUGAGAAGCUUCUGUCUCCGCCAACUGCAAGCCUGGAGGGCUGUGAUCCUUUGAAUGCCUUGUCGCCUUGCUGGUGGUGUUGAGGGACUCCCACCAGCCACAUGUGUCUGGCUGCACGCAAGCAGAGACGCCAAGAGUGGUGAGUGGACUCUGAGUUCCGUGUGAACCAGUUAUGUAAAAGAAGGACCACGAGGACACCGCCUUCCUGUGUGCCGUCAUCCGUCCAGAAAUGCAUUCGGCAGCAGAAACCUGGCCGGGGGCCAGCGCCACUCACUCACCCACUGCCUAGUGCAGCCUUAGCGUUCGUCACCUUUUCUCCGUGGUCAGAGAGGAUGUGAGAUUCCAAGGAUAUUUUCACAUGGUGUGUGUUGUGGGGGAAGGAUGACACAUCGGGCUUGUUGGGUUUAUGAUCAAAGUGGGAAAGGUGUUCAGUGUGUUGUCAUCACAGAACUGAAGUUAUAAACAGGACCAGGUUCUUACAAAUUUGUCCCCAUCUUUCCCACCAUGUACGUGAUCCCUGAGUCAGAAGCUCUCACUCUCUAAGAGGCUUCAUGAUUAACAGCUUCAUAUCCCGGACCUGCAGACAUUAGGUGGGCGAUCCUGUUAGCAGCCAGGAAUAAAUGCAGAGGUGGUUCGUCUGGUCUUUGGGAUCUGUUUAGGUUUCUAAAUAACUCUGGUUUAAAUACUUAGAGGUUGACCAGUAGGUUCCAUCUCUUGCCCUCUCGAUUCACCUGCUUGCAUUCAUCUGUCUCUAAAUUCAAUUAAAGUGUUAUAAGAGGGGGCUGUCGAGGACACACCCAGUGACAAUUUCCAGGUUGGACUGCGGGAGAGAAGGGCACCAGCAGGUGAAGGCAGAGGAGCCUCACCAGCGCCACCAGGCACAGAGGAGUGUGGCUGUCAACUGGAGUCAUGCCCAUUGCCACUCAGAAUCCUCCCUUAAAGUGGGUAUAAUCAGGGGAAUCCUGUUUACUUGUCUACCGACCAGUUGUCCCUUCCUAACUCCCUGGGUUGGUCAUGUGGCUUUACUCUAGAAGGCUGGUCCCCUAUUUUGUCUUCGCCCAAUUUUCUGCAUUUUAAAAGUCCAACCAAAACUCAUGUGUGGAUUGGAUGGAACUUCUGCUCACUUCCUAGUAUCAGUCUACCUGUACCCGCGCCCCCCCCCCCC